AUGCCCAAAAGUACCGCCUCUCCAAGCGGUCCUGGCAGGGGGUGUUUUGGGCAUUGUACCCCUCCCCACACCCAGGCCACACCCGCUGCCCGCGGCGGUCCCGUAGGUACCUACUUGGAACAACUUCUCCCCCUUCCUCCUCCACCAACAGCUCUCCACGCAAUCGACUCUACCAACCCUCCACGACUGCUUCACUACCGCUUCACUCUCAACGCACAUUCACCCGCAACCCACCUCGCAGCCCUCAUCACCAACACGGCAAACCAAACGCAACAGACCGCCGUGUCCCUCGCACUCGUCACCAACGACCAUUCGACUCGCUCGGCACUCCGCCACGCCACUCCCGCCUUCUCCCCACCGCACAUUGCUCACACUGAGCAUCACGGCAACACCACGACCACGAUGCCGCAUAGAUUAGACACGCACGUCUUGACAGUGGAUGCCAACGUUAUCCACAAGGUCGACACCGCCAACCCUGCCAACCUGUAUAGCAUGUGGACUGGUAAGCACCCGACCGGGCCUGUUUGCGCCUCGACGCCGUCGUUUACCCAUGCUGACCUCCAACCCGCAGUCUUCUCCCGCUGUGCAGAUUCACUCGAGCAGGGUCGCAGAUUAGAAAACCUCAGCUGGAGACUCUGGCAGAGAGAGCAGCUCGUCGAGAACGAGAAGCGACAGGACGACGCCGCUGACGCCGCCGCCGACGCCGCCACCACCUCCAACACAAAGCCUCUGGCCGCCAGCUGGCGCCCUCAGGACCUUCCACAGCUUUCCGGCAGCGUCGACUCGCUUGUUGACGACGACGCCACCGAGUUUGUUUCCGAAUCAGCCCCCCUCGAGAUCCUCCGGCCCAGAAUACGCCGCCUGGAUUCCACCAGCAGCCGCGGCAGACGCGACCGCCACAUCAGCUCCGACGACUUCAAACAGAUGGUCGUCUCCAUUGUCAACGACACUGCUCCCCUUUCCGCGCCCAUCGCCACCUCACCUCUUACCAUUCUCAAGAAGAGUCCGGCUCCUGCCCCGGCGCCAAUGCCCACCGAGCCCAUCACCACCAUGGCUACCCAACCCAAGCCGGCCGCUGACACCCGUGUCCCUGCGCCCUCUGUCCCCGUUCGCGACUCGUUCCCCCAGCCCUCGCAGGCUGGCUCUGUGAACGCAUCCAUUCCCGAGCCGGAGGCGUCUCCCGCUCAUCAGCCAGUUGCCCAGAAGAAGGCACCUGCCAAGUUUGCCCUGGGCGGAUCCUGCUCUUCGAGCGAGCAGGGCACCAGCGUCGACAUGUCCAAGUCCAGCCUGAUGCCCCCUCCUAAGAAGACCAUGUUCCAGAUUGGUGGCUCCUCCGAGUCUGCCUCGACCAAGAAAAACACCCAACCCUCCAAGGCCGUCAUCGGCCAGAAGAUGAAGCAGGCCAUCAUCCCCACCAGCCGCGAUGCUCAGCUCCAAGCCGAGAGCGCGAUCGACUCCGAUACCGAGGACGACUACGUUGACGAAAGCGCCAUUGACGACGAUGACGACGACUCUUCCGAGUGGGAAGAUUCCGUUGAAGACAGCGGCAAAUCCAGCGUCGACGACAAGUUCUUCCAGCGCAUCGAGUCCAAGGCUAACCUCGUCUCCCGCCCUUCACUCAUCACUCUCAUGCUUGCACAGAACGAACGACAGAAGCAUCUCAGCAACCAGGCCUCCCACUCUGCCUCUGCCAUCCUCCGCUCACGCGCCGGACCCAGCGCCCCUACCCUGGCUGCCUCUCCCAACGAUUCUGACGAAGGUCCCCUGAUGAUGAAGGGUAUGCGACCUUCCAACCUCAAGCCCAUCAUUGAGGUCCCCCGGUCGAGCGCGCAGCCUAUUGCGGCCCCAACCAACUACGUGCACGCUCAGGUUGCCUUGUCCGCGCGUACUACUCGUCGCAACAUGCUUUCUACUGAGCUUACCGAGUCUCUCCGCCGCCAUCUUCUCUGGGAGCGCCAGCAGAAGACGUCGACUGCCAAUGCUGUCCUCAAGCGCCGCCACACCUCCCAGGACGUGGCCAACCUCAGGCAGUUCCCGGAGAAGCCGUGCAUGAAGCAGAGCGAGGAUGCCAACGCCAGCAGCUGGAACCAAUACUUCAACAAGGAUACCUUUGACGGGUACCACUCCAAGGCCUUGAUUGAGGCUGUGGGCAUUCAUGUUCGGCCUGUGUUUUCAACCGCCAUUUACGUUCCCAUGGGCAACCUUGAAGGGCCGGUCCUCGGGGGAAGCAUAAUGGGAGAAUCUGUCCAAAAAGCGCCUAGGGAAGAAGAGGCGAAAAAGAAUCGGGAAGGUGGAUAA